CGCCUUGUCUUCUCCCCUCUUUCUUUCUCCUCAUCUGCUUCUCUUUAUCUUUUUUGUAUUCUUUCUCCGUCUCUCCUUUCUAUCCGGCUGCUUCGCACGCUCAUCUCUAUCAGUCACGCCAACUCAGUGCCAGUCUUUCGUCAACUCUGCGGCCUACACUGUACACACGUUAUCGCCGACCGUCCCGAGCCCGCCGGGGAUCAUCUCCACUAUGAAGCCACCCACGCUGCUGAAAUAUCUACUCCUCCUUGCUGCUCCUUUGACUGCCUAUGCUGCCGAGUCAUUUGGCUCCAAAGAUACCCUCUCGCCAUGUGUCGUUCGUUCGCCAACGACCGGCUUGUUCUACGAUCUCAACACCAUCUCCUUAUCUCCGCCGCCAGCCGAGGGCGAGAAGCCUCGGAAGAACGCCCGCGAAGAGAGCUGGCACGCCAAAGGCCACGAUUACAAUGCCAACUUCACAAUAAACAUUUGUGCGCCCGUGAUCGAGAAUGUCAAAGAUGUGGUGGGGUUGGACCACUCGCGGUGGAGGAAUGUUAGCGCCUACUAUGAGAGGGAGGGUAAAGUCUACUCCAUAGGGCAACAAUCUUCCGACCCUUUCUUCCGUGGCCGCAAGCUGGUCAUGAACUAUACCAAUGGCUCUCCGUGUGCCGGCGACUACAUCGGCAAUGCUGCCCGCACCAAAUCCACUAUCAUGUCGUUCCUGUGUGAGCGCGACACCCCCGCCUCCCAGGCAACCGUCUCGUUUGUUGGCACGAUGGAUCAGUGCUCGUAUUUCUUUGAAGUGCGAAGCUCCGCCGCGUGUGGAGCCACUGCGCCCACUCCCGACAAUCCGGGCCUGUCACCCGGCGGCGUUUUUGGCGUGAUUGCCUUGAUCGCCAUCACCGUGUACCUGGUCGGUGGUUGCGCCUACCAACGGACCGUCAUGCACCAGCGCGGUUGGAGACAAUGCCCAAACUUCAGUCUUUGGGCGGGGAUGCUCGACUUCAUCAAAGACAUGAUCGUCAUCCUCCUCUCCUCCAUAGGCCGUCUGCUGCGUCUCAAACGCUCUCCAACCCUGGGCCACGCCCGCGGCGGCAGCAUCAACCAACGGGGGAGUUUCGGGCGUCGCGACGUGGACGCCGAAAACCGACUGAUAGACCAAUUAGACGAUGAAUGGGAGGACUGAGCAGAUUGUCAGAGAGCAACCGUGGUUGGUAUAUGUAUUGUAUUGUACAAUGUUGCUGGACGGCUUACAAACCUGGGUUUUUGAACGUCGUUGAUAUGAGAUGCAUGAUAUACGCUUUCCAC